AAGGCGUCUGCUUCAUGCACAUAUGUAAAUUUUGAUUAAUGCGGAAGUCGGUGACAUCUUGAAGGAGGCGCCGGAAUUCCGGUGAUUUGCGUCACCAAAAGCCCGUCUGCCCCCAGCGCGAGCGCAGCCAUGUGAUAGACUCAACUCUAGUCAACUCUACACAACUACACAACUCUGACUCGCUGUCUGCGUGACCGGCUCUGCUGGAAUAAUGCACAUCUAAGGCUUGGCUGAUGUUUUGAUUUGGCGGCCAUGUACAGCUCGUGGUGUAGCGCGCGCGUCGUGUUGCUGUGUGCGCUGUUUAAAUGCGCGUUCUCUCUGCGCGAGAGUCUCAGAGUCAGACAGGAAAGCAGAAGUGCUGGACUGAAGGAGCGCCGUCUGCCCGAGCUCAGACUCUCCACGCUGCUCUCGCAGGACGUGUGUGUCCGUGUGCGGCUCUCCGUCCAGACUCUGUUGACAAACCAGACGCUGCUGAUGGAGUCCAGAGACUCUGAGACUGGUUCCUCUGACACGCUGUUCAUGUGGAUCCACAGCAACACUGUUACGUGGAACAGCAGCAGUGGAGAAGAGCUUCGCACAUCUAGAAUCCAGACGCGUGAGCUGACAUCCCAUCAGACCUUUUGGACGGUGAGGUAUGACUGUUUCCUGGCCCAGCCUGGAUCCACCGUCAGCGUGUCUGUUCACACUCACAGUCAUCUGCUCAUCAGUGCAGAUCACGUCGUAGAGCACACAGAUCCAGUGCCCAAAGCCAGUGUCACGGUGGAUGAGCACGCUAAACUCUUCACUGUACGACUGGAAACCGACCAGAGAGUGAGGAUGAGCCUGUGCUAUAAACCUUCACAUGCCGAAUGCGAAAUAACCCAUUUACUUGAGGUGAGUCUAAGAUUUCAUCUUUAUUUUUCCAAACUUCAAAGUAAAAGAGAAACUCAUUCUCAUUGAGGUGAAAAUAAAACC